AUGACAGCAUUACAUGUAGCUGCUUGUGAAGGGCACUCGGAUUUUGUGGAGAAACUAGCGCAACUCAUGCCGGUAGAAGCACUCGAAAUGGUUGAUGAAUUCGGCCGCACAGCCCUCCAUUAUGCCGCUUUUUCUGGAAUCCUAAAGGCUGCUAUCGCACAAGUUAAGAAAAACCCUAAUUUAACAAGCAUUUUGGAUAGUCAAGGAUGGACCCCACUCCUCCGGGCUUGUGUUUUUGGUUUUGCAAUUAAUAAGGACUUGAUUUGGUACCUCUUUUUGGUGACUAAAGAUGAUGGACCUGGUCGUCCCUUCACCGGACCCUGUUCUCCUUACCUCGUCGAAACACUGGCCGGGUCCGGUCAUCUUGAUAUUCUGCUGUAUCUACUCGAGCAUUAUCCCGACUUAGCAACCGCUCCUAUUACUGAUAAGCCGCCGAGGAUAUAUCUUCUCUCUUUGUUGGCAUUAACUCCUUUGAACUUCUUGAGCUGCAGUAGACUUGGAUUUUGGGAAAGACUCAUUUACUCAUCGCCAAGUAUUAUCAAGCGACUACAAGAUGCAAAAAUUAGACAUCAUUGUGCGGAUGAGUUAGUAACACUUGCUUGCAAAAAAAUUUGCGAAUUGCACGGCUCAUUGUUGUUUGAUCGUUUUGGCGAAUCAUUGAUUCUGGAAAGUGCUGCCAACAGUGGAAUAACUGAAAUUGUAAAGACAAUGUUACAUUUUUGUCCGGAUUUAUUAUGGGCUACAAAAGCCGAUGAGUUAUUUAUGCUUCAUGUUGCCAUUGAACAUCGUCAAGAAGAGAUUUUCAAUCUUCUUUGCAAGACGAAUGCGCAUCUUAAGUUCACCAGUGGACAGAAUACCCUCUUGCAUCGAGUUGCGAAGCUGGCGCCUCUUCCCCAACUUUCUGUGUCUAGUCCGGCGCUGCAAAUGCAAAGAGAACUUCAAUGGUUCAGGGCCGUGGAGAAAUUGAUCAACCCAUGUUUGACAAAUUUAAAAGACAAAGAUGGGAGAACUCCAAGGGAAAUAUUUACAAAGGAGCACAAAACGUUAGCUGAGGCCGGAGAAAAAUGGAUGAAGGACACAUCAAAUUCUUGCAUGAUUGUUUCGACUCUAAUUGCCACAUUCGUCUUCGCCGCUGCAUUCACCGUACCCGGAGGCAACGACGAAGCCGGACUUCCGAUCUUCUUGUGGACCCAAUCGUUCCUGGUAUUCGUCGUCUCCGACGCUCUGGCUCUUUUUUCUUCCAUCACCUCUCUUUUGAUAUUCUUCUCAAUUCUAACUGCGCGUUACGCCGAAGACGAUUUCCACAUGCUACUGCCGAAGAAGUUGAUCAUUGGACUGGCUUCUCUCUUCUUCUCCAUAGCAACAAUGAUGGUCGCCUUUGGUGCAACACUAUUGAUUGUGCUGAGCAAAAGAGUAGAUUGGGUUGCUAUUCCUAUUAUUCUGCUCGCUUCUGUUCCAGUCAGUAUAUUCGUGUUGCUUCAGUUUCCGUUAUUCAUCGAAAUGUACCGCUCGACAUUCGGAAACCGCAUGUUUCAUCCUCAAAGCAUUUGGUAG